GUGGAUGCUGACAGAAGCACAGCUGCUGAUGGGAAGAGGGAGACAAGAGUGUCAAACAGAGCCGAGGCAGAGGAGGGGAGCAGAUACACUGUCCACGCUCACUGUCACGGUGAUUGGGAUGGGAGGACGGCGGCGUCUCUGCAGCUACACAUAGGCGGACUUGUCAACAGUACGUUCCAGAGCUUCAGUGUGUUUUACCAUCAGCAGUAUUCAGCAGCCUACAUCGGACACUUACACCAGGAGGUGGAACCUAAAAAAGAGGGGAGGGGCCUAUUGCUCACACAAAGGCCUCAGCAUGCUCCGGAGGAAGUGCUGUACCAAGGGAGCAUGAAGUUCUCCUGCUGGGAUGAGCAGGGAAAGAAAUGCAGAGAGAGAUACACCGUCCUGAGAAGAGAUUACAAAGUGGAGAUACAUGAAAACAUGGAGACUUUUGGUCGUGGAUGUGCUGCCAAGUUGGUCCUCCAGCCAGCAAGGGGCAGUGUGUUCACCACGGAGGAGGAGUCCAGGGCUCACCUGGAGCAAACCUGUGCUGGAAUACUCAAUGGAGUGAAGGAGGAUUCUUCUUCGGUGGUAUCGUCUCCAGAUGUGUUUGCUGUGUAUCUGCACCUGCCUUAUAUGGGCCACACCUGCUUCCUGUUCCAACAGGAAGAGGAACGAGAUAACUUCCUGUCUGCUCUCAAGACCUGCAUUAGACACUGCAACCUUGACCCCUGGUGUGAUUCAUCCUACGAGAGCCAGGCGUAUGUUCGAGCCCUCCGACUCUACCGACAGGACAAAGGAUGCUAUGAAUCCUGGGAAAUACUGCAGGGCACUGAGGAGCAAGUGCUGGCCUUCCAGGUGAUGGAGGAAGUGUUGUCAUGGUUACAGAGUCAGAUUCAGUCCAGAGUGAAGGGCAAGAAGACUGAAAGGAUACGACAGUGGCUGGCAAUAGUGCAGGCAACCUACAUUUUGGUGCUGGAACAACUCACUGCAAGUCUGGAGGCUCUGAGGGAGGAGUGUCAUCAGACAGCAUCAGCCAAUCAGGCAUCGAUCAGAGCCAACCUGGACCAGAUAAUAUCUUCUCACUGCUUCCUGGAGGAGAAGGUCAAAGCGUGUGUACUUGAAGAAGCAGAGAGAGUCUGCAGCGAGUCUGUAGCACCCUACAUAUCCUCCAUCCUUGAAGCGCUUACAGAAAACAUAAGCGCUGGGAUUCAGGGGAUGCAACGCACACUGCACACACAGAUGGACUUCACACACACAAAUGGAAGAACGGAGAAGACGAAGAAGGCCUUGUCCCCGCUGCGCUCCAUCAGUCUUGGUCCGUGCUACAGGCAGGUGGAGAACCUGACGGAGAAACUUGAGGACUUAAAACAGCGGUUUGGAUUGAGCAGCACUCAGAGACUGGUUCACUCUGUGCACCUGGAGAUGGAGAAGCUGUUGGACAGCACUGUGCACUCCUUAGAGCUCUUCCUCCAGUCAUCAGCCAGACUGCAGCCUUCUCAAAUCCCUGUCAAGAUGGAGAGAGCCAAAGAACGAGUCCUGAAGCAGCUGGACUAUGACAGCAGAGUUGUCCAGAGGAGGCUCUACCAGGAAGUUCUACUAGAGAUCACUCUGCCUGCUCUCACCAGGAAGAUGGACAGCAAGUGGAUCAGUGAGCUGCAGCAGUUUGAGCAGUACAUUUUCUCAGACUACAGCAGUUUCAUUCUGGUUCAUAAUGUCUACGAUGAUGUGCUGAGAAAGAUGCUCAGUAAGGAGAUAGAGACAGCGGUCCAGGAUGCAGCCAGUAAGAAGAGCAACAGUCUCUUGUUGGACACUUCAGAUCUGACCUUUAGUCGGUACAGUCUGCAGGGGGAGACGCCACCUCGCUCUCCACUAGGCAGCCCCGCCAUUGCCAUUCGAGACUCCUCCUCCUCAGUGGUGCCGCCAGGUGACGAUAAAGAACCUGCUCCUGUGGGGGAGGAGGGAGGUCAGACGGUCACAGCUGAGGUUUGCCCUCGAAGUGACCCAGAUCUUAACGGCGAUGUCAAAUCUGAACGCAGUAUCGCUCAAAGCUGUGCCCAGAGCGCGGUGCUUCCGUCUCCUGUCAUCGUUGUGACACAAGAGUUUGAUGAAUCUGCAGCCGAGGAGGCUUAUUGCCUCGAGGAACCACAAGGAGAAGUUCGGCUUGGAACCGACACAACAUUGACAACAGCUGAGCCUUCGGACGAAGCCACAACUGACUCUGAUGCGGCUGUUACAAAUCAAGUCGGUGCACUCGAUGCACCUGCUAACCAAGAUUCCACUAAUCCCAUCCCAGACUCUCCCGACCUUUCCAUGUCCACUCUGUCCCAGGCCACAGAUGUCCCAACUGAAUGUGCUCAAAGUGAUCAAUCGUCGACGCCUGAAAAUUCUGCCACACCUGACCUCUCAACCUCAGACAGAGUGACAGAAGGCACAACUGUCCAGCAUCCCUGCCCUUCAUCGUCACAGCCACCUGGGACACAUAGGCCGACGAAAAUCAGCCUCGGGUCACUAAGCGAGGUGAUCGGUUGCAACUCCGCAGCGCCUUCUAUAACGCAGACGAUGCCACAGCAGCCCACUGACAGAGCUGUCUACCUGACGGGAGAAAUAAAGGACAACUGGGAGGUGGAGAGGGUAAAAGAAGACAACCAGACAGAGGCAGCGGAGGAGAAAGAGGUACAUAAGAGAAUCAAAGAAGGGAAAGAAGAGACACAGGAAGGAGAAGGGAAAGAAGGGGACAUCAGUGAAGGGCAGACGGAAGGUGUAGCCCAAUCAGGAGGCGAAGGUUGCCAACCAUCUGAAUCACCAGCAGAGAGCGCCACUGCCUUAACCACUGAGCAGAGAGAGCGUGAAGACGAGGUAGACGAUGAAGAGAAAGAUAGUGAGCUUGAGACUAUGAAAGGAAAAGAAGAUGAGGAGGAGGAAGGAAAGGAGACAGAAGAUCAUGCAGAAAAAGUAGGAAAGAAGGAAAAAGAGGAGGAGGUUCUCCAAAGCCCUCAGCCAAUGGAUCCGCAGCCAGAGAGUGCUGCUGAGCUGCCAUUGGACAGUGUGGCGAUCAUCAGAGAACUUGUGAUUGAGAUUACCGAAGUGGAGACAGUCAUCGGCCCCUGUCCCAACAGCAGCCACACAGCCUGACAGACACGAUACUAUGACGACCGGGUCUCCUACUUCACAGUUUCUCAUGAAAUGGUACAGUGAGGUGACAAAAUCCAGAGAAGAGAAAGAAGGUUAGCUCAUUAUGUUAUUAGGCUACUGCAUCACAUUUAUCCUACUACAUGAAGAAGAAGAAAACAUUGUUUUUACAUACUUUAAUAAGCAUUUUUGUUUUAUGAAAGGUACAAAUUCUUUGGUCUUCUCAUGUUUACAUUUGCUGUUUUUAUUUUUCUGCUAACACUGAAAUAAAUAAAAUGACCCAAUAAAGGCUUAAAAACACCCUAUGAUCUCAAAGCUGCAUUCACUGAUUUGUUGGCCAUUUGGCCAGCACUAACCUAUUAUGGCAUUAUAAAGUUGCAGGUAUGUUCAAACUUAAUGAGAUCGUCAUAUACAUACAGGUACAUACAGUGCCCUCCAGAAUUAUUGGCACCCU